AUGAAACCCGAACUCUGCCAAAACCGGGUUUCAGGAAACCGGAUAUGUUUCACCUACCCUGAUGCUAGCUGGGUGUGUAGAGAGAACCAAGAAGUGAAGGAAUGUGACAGGGACAGUGUACGACUGGUUGGGCAUGAGGAAAUCAGGCCAAAAAUAGAAUGCAAACAAAGGUCUGGUCCCCCCAUCUGUAUACCUACAGGGUGUAACCUACUUGAUGUUGAACCUGAAUGUGUAUCUGCUGAUCUCCCAGAUAAGUUGGAGUUGAAGGAUGAACUGUGUGAACAGUGUGAAGAUGGCAGGAAUAAACUUAGAACAGUUGUUGUUCAGGAAAAGGUAUGCCUUGACGAAACUCAAACUGUUUGCAAUCAGAUUCCAUCCACUGUACCCAGUUGGUAUAAGUACUGUAAUCAACCCGUACUCUACACUGGUAAGUACUGUACAGUUGGUACAAGUACUGUAAUCAACCCGUACUCUACACUGGUAAGUACUGUACCCAGUUGGUACAAGUACUGCAAUCAACCCGUACUCUACACUGGCUCUGAUAGGACCCCUGACGAUGAUUUGAAAGAAGAGAAGCCAAAAGGAAGAGAUGUGCGUCCAAUUGAUAAUAAAAAUAUCGGAGGAGCAGAUGUUUACUUUGCAAACCAGUUCUUGCAACAACAGAAUUUAGGAGAUAAACCUCUCGGACAGAUUGAAGUUUCUGAAACUACUCUUGCUGGCCCUUAUAUCACAGAAUACAACCUAAAUCCAAGAUUUUUUAAUCGACCUACUCCACAACCAGUGACAGCUGCUGCUUCUACAACACAAUCAAGACCUACUCCACAACCAGUGACAGCUUCUGCUUCUACAACACAAUCAAUACCUACUCCACAACCAGUGACAGCUGUUGCUUCUACAACACAAUCAAUACCUACUCCACAACCAGUGACAGCUGCUGCUUCUACAACACAAUCAAGACCUACUCCACAACCAGUGACAGCUGUUGCUUCUACAACACAGUCAAUACCUACUCCACAACCAGUGACAGCUGCUGCUUCUACAACACAAUCAAUUAAAUCAACAACUUUAGCUUCUGGAACAGCAUUAUCACAUUCGUCUACUGAAAUAUCAAACGUAGAUUCAGCCGGAAACUCAUCAUCGUCUACACAAAUAUUAUUAUCAGAUUCAAUAACUGUAACAUCAUUCACAGACCUAUCUUCUGAAACACCUUCAGCAGUGGCCAAUGUACAACAAUUAGUUGUAAAUGCUUUGCCAAUCUCAGAAACGGAAGAAGAUCUUUUGGACUACGGAGAUGCCAAUUCAGGAAUUAAUUUUUUAGAUCAGCUUCUUUACGAUACAGGUGUAGCUGACAACGAUGAUAUUCCUAGCUCGAGCAGUGGAUCCCUGUCUUUUUCUUCAGAGGAAAGUUCUUCUGCUUUGGGAUUAGAAACUACAUUCUCCAACGAAGAUUUGACAAUCAUUUCAACACUCAUUGACAAUUCAGCUUCAGUUAAACCUAGUGUUGAAAAUACAAAUUCAGUUCUUAAACCUAUUUCAGCAAGCACAGAUUCAGUUCUUGAACAUAGCUCAGCAAGCACAGAUUUAGUUCUUGAACUUAGUUUAGCAAGUACAGAACCAUUUUUUGAGCAUGUUUCAACCAGUGCAGAUCCUACAUCGUAUUCAAAUCUUGAAGUUCCUCCUAAUAACGAUAUUCAAGAGUUAAAAAACGAUAUUCUUGGGGAAGAUGAUAAUAAUGAAGGUUUUGAGUAUGUAGUAUCAACUGGCAGAAAUAUUAUUGAAGCGUCAAAUUUGAAUAAUUUUGAAAUUAGCAAUCCUAAUAAUGAAUAUUUACCCUUCAGCAAUGAUUUUGGGAUUGCAUAUAAAAAUAAUGAAUUUGGAGUUGUUAAUAUUAACAAUGAUUACGGAACAUCAAACAAUGAAAAUGGCGUCAGCAAAAUCUUUGAAAAAAAUCGAACAAACAAAGAUGUUGUAUUGGUGAAUGCCGCGAACUGGAAAAGUUACGAGCACAUGUGCAGAUCCAUUGAAAACAAGAAAGAUCGGGCUCGGUGUAGAAUUAUCACAUGUUUUAACAACAGUACAGACUGUUUCUUUCCUAAGUAAACUUUUAUGGAAAAUUGAAAGCUAAGAAAAAUGUAUCAGUUUUUUUAAAGAUCAAGUGCUAGUUGUGUAUUUAGAAUAAAAUCAUAUAUAAACUUAUCUAUCCCACUGCCACCAGUAUUCUUUAAAUAUUAAAAAAUGUAUUAAAAACACGAAUAUGUAUGAUCGAUUAUUAUAUCAGUAGUAAAUUUUUCAAAAUAAAAACGUACAUUUUU